AUGAAAGCACCUGACUCGUUCCGGAACCCGGAACUCUGGUGCAACUUCCACCGCGAUCAUGGUCAUAAAACCGAAGACUGCAUCGCCCUAAGGAUCAAGGUCAAUGAUCUACUCCAAAAGGGGCAUCUUCGAGAAUUCCUCUCAGAGAAAGCCAAGGCCCACCUCAGCAAAGAAACAGCAGGAAGAUCCAAAGGAGCUGCACCAACCUCGCCACCUCGCCAAGAUCGGGUGAUCAAUGUCAUAUCCGGAGGCUCGGAAGUAAGCGGAGUGAGCCACGCUGCCGCAAAGAAAAGCACCCGAAACACCAAGCAUGGUCUGGAAACGACCCAACCGAAGUGCCUACUUGUAGGCACCGACGAGAUAAGCUUCACAGCUAAGGAGCAAGAGAAAAUCCUAGCUCCCCACCAUGAUGCUCUAGUUAUCUCUCUCACCGUAGCAAGCUGCUUGGUAAAAAGAGUACUAGUAGAUAACGGAAGCUCCAACAACAUUAUCUUCCAGAUGGCAUACCAAGAUCUAGGGCUGGAGGAAAGCGCCCUAACGCGAAAGAUAACCCCACUCAUCGGAUUCAGAGGUGAGGUCAAGCAAACCGCCGGAGAGGCUAUCCUCCCAGUAUACGCUGAAGGGGUCAACAUGUCUACCAAAUUCCUGGUCGUAGAUUGUCAAUCAGCAUAUAACAUGAUUUUGGGACGACCCUGGAUUCACGACAUGGAAUCAGUCCCUUCAACCCUUCAUCAGAUGGUGAAGUUCCUUACUCCCUGUUGCAUCAGAGUAAUCAGGGGGGACCAGGAGAACUCUCGAUCAUACUACCAGACCACCCCGAAGGGGAAAACCAAGGACCCUCGCCUCCUACCUUACAGAUGCAGGAUGGAGACACUUAGCCAGGCAGGAAACCUCCGAGCCUGCUCGCUCCAGUGGAUGAAUGUGACUACACGUUUCGUAGAAGUGCUGAGGAUCUUCAUCACCAGGAGACAGUGGUUCCCGAACACUAAAGGCCGGAGCAUGAAACGAGUCUCGACCACAGUCUCUACCCCCAAGAAAGAGACAGAACCCUGCAGAAGAAGGAGGAACCCUCCAGAAAAGACGCUUGUCCCCUAA